GCAGAGCUAAAAAGAAGAACUGCCAUCACGUCUCCUACACCCCGCCCACUCGCACCCGCACAAGAAGGUCUCCAUCAACGCUUUUUGGUAUCUUGCUGCUGUUCUCAGGCGCACGUACAGCAGACCACGUCCGACGUGUCUAUCGGCGCGGAGUCAACCACUGCACAGUAUUUAUUUUCCCUUUUUUCAUCUACAGCUCUGCGCAGAGUUGCAGACCGUCUUUUUUUUUUCCUAAACACCGUCGUCGCUCGUGUUAUCUGGCUUCACUAUGCUACACACAUCUUCGGGGUCGCGGCGACGCCUCCAUCAGAUCGUCCUCAGCGCAUUGCUUGUGUUACUGUGCUGUCUGUCUCACGUGACCGGCGCUGCAGACGUCGCGCUCGACGAGGCCGCGGUGGUUGCGACGGAGCGACCAUUUAACCUGACGAGCGCGUCCACUUUACUGGAGCUGCUCGCAGAGCCGUCUCCCGCCUCACCCCAGGCAACGCAGCCAGUUUUGAUUCUCUUCACUGAUGAAAGCGUAGAAGUGGAUGUUGUUGACGCUGUUCGACACAAGGUACGCCAGCUAGCGACUGACAUCCCGCCGGCGGUGCUGCGGGUGCACGAGUUCCGCGUGCCCGCAGCAGUCACGGAGCGACGUCUCGUGGACCUGGUCUUAAACGGCCUUGCGACACGGCUGCCGUCGCUCGUCCUUUUUCACAGCAGCGUGCACAAGGCACAGGUGAUCCCCGGCUCCUUUGUCGCUGCCGCCCCGCUGUCCGUUCCGCUGCCCUACCCAAAGCAGGCCGAACUCGGUAGCGUAAGCUAUAUGGAGCUGCGCACGUGGGUGCUGAGUGAGAUGCCGGUGCGCUACGUCGAUCCCGUGACCUUUCACGUAGUACCGAGUCUGCAGUUCGUGUUCCGCCCCGAGGAGGCGGUGGAGACGCUGCGGUUGGUGCAAAGGGCGGCGGAGGACGACGGAGAGGGCCGAUCGGUGCUGCCCGCCGCGGUGUCGAUGGCGUAUCUGCGUCUCACCACGCACGGCUCCGAAGAGGUCGUGGCGGCCCUGUCGUCGCUCGCGACGCAGGCGGGCAACGCGGCGUUGACGUUGGUGACCGAGUCUGCCGAGGUGGCGGCGGCCUGGGGCCUGGCGCAGGAGCACACCCUCUCGACCGCCCCGUGGGCUGCAGUGGCGGAGGCGUACUUGUGCGGCCGUAGCGGGACGGCCAGCCGUGCGGAAAACGUCGUCGUGGUCGGUGCGGAGGCGGCGCAGCCGGUUGGAACGAUCGCCGAGGUGGUGGAGGCGACCGCCGCCGCUCCCCUUUGGCGCACCGCAGCGGCCACCACUGGCGCGGCGCAGCAGUCACAGCUGCGGGCGUGGAGGCGUGCGAUGGAGAACUUCAACGCCACGAGCCCCCUCCGCAAGAUCGACACCGCUGCCCACCUCCUCCACGAGCUCGUUGCCCUCCAGCAGGCGAUCAAAAUUGUGUUUGUGCUACGCGAGAGCGAUGAGAUGUGGUUCCCCCACCACCUCGACGUCGCGGUGCGGCUCGCCGGCCAGCUGCGGCAGACCUCCCUGUUCUACAACACGACGACGCUGGUCGGCAACGCGAAGGUGCCGACGCGGGCGGUGCGGUCGUGGUCGCCGUCUGCGCGGAUGGAAGUUUUCUGGCUCGACGCGGAGCAGCUGCCGGCGGUCGCUGGCGGCCUCUUCGUGACGCAGGUACCGGCCGUGCUCGUCGUGGCGCCACUGCAGUCGCGCUUUCAGGACGGCGGCGAGGCAGAGGAAGGGGAGGGGGAGGAAGAGAAGGAGCGGGCCGGCCUGCGCAGUAUCGACCCCUUCCUCGGCAUCCACACGGUAAACCGCUACGACCUCUUCACGGCGGCCUUUACAAACGACGCCUCGGCCGCGGUGGACCCGCCAACCGGCAAGGCGGCGCUGCCGCAGUUUCCGUCCGACAGCAACGCCCUCGUGCGCUUUCUCGCGAGCGGCAGCUUCCUCGGCGCUGUUCAGUUCGCCCUUCAUCCGAUGCGGCUGAGUCAGCUGCGGGCCUCGAUCUUAUCGGAGGUCGCCACGACCACCACCACCGGUGCCAGCACGAGUCCAGACGGAGGUCCGUCCUCGUCUUCGGCUUCUACCCUGCCGAAUAAGCGCUACGCCCAGCUCGACUACCGCUACUACCCGCUGCGGCCGGCGGAGGAGCCGAUGGAGGGGCCGGCGUACGUGCGUCAAAUCCUCAACGGCUCGUCGCCGCUGCCGGUGGUGACGGACGCGGCGCGAGGGCGGUCCAACGCGCACCCCCGCAGAGGCGCAAAGGCUGGCGCCGCCGCCGCUGCUGCUGUGACGGACACGAAGGCGGCGGCGGCGGCCGCACAGCAGAAGGCCGCGUGGGAGGCGGAACUGGCGAGGCGGCAACGAGAGAGGGCGGCGCGGGUGGCGCAGAAAGCGGCGACGGAUGCCGCGGCGCGAGCGAGGGAAAAAACGGCGUUCCAGCAGAGCGUCGAGGCUGCCAUUCGCGCAGAGGCGGAGGCGGACGGAAAGCUGAGGAGCACCGUCGGAGGAAUGGAGGCGGGCGCGACGCGGACGGCGGGCGGUCUGCUGGUGCGACGGCCGUCGCUGGAGGCGGCAGCACGCGAGGAAACCGCUGCGACCUCUUACCCCCCGUCUUCUUCGCACGGAGACGGCAUGGAGUCGGAGGACGCCGAGGACGCCGCCCAGCGAGUGCGCCGUCGCCGUCGGUACGCCGAGUACAAGGAGUGGCAGGCCGACCGCGGCCGCAUGGCGGACGGCUGCGUCUCCGUCAAGAACGGCCAAGAGCUGUUGCUGCGCUUCCAGUGGAUUUAA